AUGUGUCCUUGGACCAGACCAACUCUUUUUGCAUUGCUUCACCAUUCUAAUUUCGUUGCCACAGCUCCAAUCUUGUUGAAAUAUCAUUGUGCUACCGUCGACCACCAUCGCCCGUAUUUCGGCCUCCAGCAUGCUUGCACACGCUUUCAUUACCACGCUAUCUGCGCUUCGGUGCCUGCGCAAGGUAACGCAUCUAUAUGUUCACCGAUUAUUGCAGUUGCGUCAUGCGGCGAGAUAUGUCACGUGGUCCAUCACCUUCACCUUCACCCUUCACGCCAGGAAGGGCUCGGCAGGCAACCAUAUUUCUACCUCACUUCUCCACCUGUCUUGUCGCCUCCUUUUGUUCAACACCAUCUCCGCCAUCACGUCUUUGGGGAGAGAGUCGAGAUGGAGGAGGCGACGACAAAGGAGGUAUCGGCCCAUGGCGCCCAAACGAUGGCCAGUAGCACGAUCAACACUAACAUUACGCAAUCGACCCAGUCAGCACGCGGCGCUCCAAUUCCAAAACCGACCUAUUUCAAUGUGUUCUCUACUAAGAGCGUUUUUGGCAACGACGUCGAGUAUGUCAAUCUAUGCGGAGAUGAUGAGGAAGAGCCAUCCCUGACGGCUCAAUUUGGAGGGACUCUUAAGAACGAAGUGGACGCUUGUCAUCAAAUGGACGGACAGGCGUUGCAAGCUCUCGCGGAGAAUGGACGUAUGCACGUUUCGAACCCUAGCAGAGGCCCCGACCUUCGAGAUCUUCUGAAAGCGAAUGAUACGAGGAAUGCGGAAGAGAAGAGGGAGGCGAAGGAAGCAGAGCAACCUUCCAUCAUGACUCAAGUUCUCAGUACCGUAGACGAUAGAGCACCUCUGUCGAAGAACACUCCAUCGCCCAAGCCGCGCAAGACCCCAUCCAAACACAUGGUCCGCGAUUCUGAUACUGAGCUUCGCUCUCACGAAAUUAGAGCUCAACAGAACGAUCGGUCGAAGAUCUUGACAACAGGCUCUCUCUUGCCACGGGAUCGCACGCUCCUCAGCCUGAUGACCAUGCAAAAAACCGGAGGAUUUAUCUCGAGCGUGCUGGGUGCAGAACGAAGCAAGGGAUUGGCACCAGAGAUACAAGGCAUCUUUCCAACAGUUUCGAAGACAUCCGGAGAACUGGACCGGAGAUCCGCCCCACAAAAGCGCAAAGCUGAUGACAAUGUCCAAGAAGCUUCUUCAAGUACAGGUUUCCGCCCUGGCAAGAUGACCCACGCCGUCAAGGCGGCUCGUAUUGGAUUCACUGAACCUCCGAAGACUAUUGCGCUCGCUACGCCACCUCCAACGCCUCUCAAGCCUUCAUUCAAUGACGCGCCAUCAACGCCGUGUACCCCGACACCCAGCACUGCCAUAAUUAUCUCGGAGUCGGAAGAGGAAACCUUGGACCCUUUGGCUUUCUCACUGAAGCCACCCAUCUGGACGCCCUGGCGUGGGAGCGAAUAUCAGGAUCUGGCCACCGCCAUUGCGACCUCCUUACUCAUCGAUAAGUUCGCGACCGAGCACAACCGCACUCAUGCGGACGUGCUGUCCGUCCUCGACGCGACUGUGCUCCGUCCACUCCGUGAUGUCGAGGAGGCCAAGGAGCGAGCCGAGAAAGGUUUAGCGCAAUUAUUUGCUCUCUACACAGAUUAUGGAACGCCGAAACGCAUUUGGGCGAAGGGAUCCGGUUAUGAGAUAAUCGGAGAAUUGAAAGAUGUCCGCCUUGGCGAGGUGAUCGUCGUUGGAAAGAGUUGUGUCGAGGUCGACCAGGAUGAUGAUUGUUUUGAGGGCUCUACUUCUGAUCAAUCGAAGCGAACCAAGAAGCCAGAGACGGUUGUAAUACCUAUCACAGUGUUGACAAGGUCCGAUCAUCAGUGGCUGUACGGAGUCUUGAAGGAGGACAAGCGCAAGAUCUUGGGAAAGGUUCCUAGGAAGCCACGCCCGAAGGCCCUCCAAGUGGACACCUCCACCAAACUAACCGACAGAGAGCGUGAAUUCAUGCAAAUAGCGAAGAGGGGCGCUGUAAAGCGGAGCCUCACUCCAAGUCCAACCUCAAGUUCAAGGUCCGACGCUAUCUUUCCGGAUACUAUGUCCAGUCCUUCUCCAACCAGGAGGUACUCCCAUAAGACAUAA